AUGUUGUCGCGCUGAGGAGCGGUGAUGGGUCCGCACAGAGCGAGCUGAUCGCGGUCAGUGCCGGAGGAUCAUGUCCUAUGUGUCUUCACAAGAUGGAAGGUGUGUGUCUCCAUGUUCUCGGCCUCACACUCCUCUGAAUGGCCACACACACGACUCCCCCGGCUGGAGCCGCCAGCUCCGCGUCAGAGAUGGAGACCAGUUCUACCUGCUGGAUCAAGAGGAGGUUCAUCCAUUGCUGAUGAAUGAUCAUCGUCCCGUCUCUCACCGACACAAACUGCUGCGCAGGACCGUCAGCGUACCUGCAGACAGCAGACCACAUCCUGAGUCAGAGCACGCUCGUGCUCGCAGGAAGAGCUUUGCCACGUCGCGGCAGAGAAGCAUGGAAACUCCGCCCACUGCCCCUACACAGCCAUUCCGACAACCUAGUUUUCUAAGUCGCCGUCUGAAAGGAUCAAUUAAACGAGCAAAGAGCCAACCCAAACUCGACCGCACAGGAAGCUCACACAGCGUGCCGUCUGUCCAUCUGUGUGUGUGCAGGACGCGUCUCAUGCAGAGCUUCAAGGAGUCUCACUCUCACGAGUCCCUGCUGUCUCCCAGCAGCGCGGCCGAGGCUCUGGACCUCACGCUGGACGAGGAUGCCAUCAUCAAACCCGUCCACUCCAGCAUCCUCGGCCAGGAGUACUGCUUCGAGGUGACCACUGCAUCAGGCACCAAGUGUUUUGCGUGCCGCUCCGCUGCUGAGAGGGACAAAUGGAUCGAGAACCUGCAGCGAGCCAUCAAACCCAACAAGGAUAACAGCCGUCGUGUUGAAAACGUGCUGAAGCUGUGGAUCAUCGAGGCCCGUGAUCUUCCUCCGAAGAAGCGCUAUUACUGCGAGCUGUGUCUGGAUGACAUGCUGUACGCGCGAACCACCAGCAAACCGCGCACAGACACCGUGUUCUGGGGCGAACACUUCGAGUUCAACAACUUGCCAGCCAUCCGCAGCCUCAGACUGCACCUGUACAAGGAGACAGACAAGAAGAGACGCAAGGAGAAGAGCACGUAUCUGGGGCUGGUCACUAUCCCGAUCCCCAGUAUAACGGGCCGUCAUUUCGUGGAGCAGUGGUAUCCGGUCAUCCAGCCCAGCGUUCUGGCUAAAGGCGGCGGCGUGGGCAGCGGGAAGAGCAUCAACGCCUCGCUGCGCCUCAAGUGCCGCUACCAGACCAUGAGCAUCCUUCCCAUGGAGCUGUACAAAGAGUUCGCCGAGUACGUGACCAACAACUACCGGACUCUGUGUGGCGUCCUGGAGCCGCUGCUGAGCGCCAAGAGCAAGGAGGAGGUGGCCUGUGCGCUGGUGCAUAUCCUGCAGAGCACCGGCAAAGCCAAGGUCAGCCGAGAGUUCAUCCGCGCGCUGUACGAGUCGGAGGAGAACUGUGAGGUGGAUCCGAUGCGAACGCCUCCGUCGGUGCUGUCGGAUCAUCAGGCUAACCUGCGCAUGUGCUGCGAACUAGCGCUCUGCAAGAUCAUCAACUCACACUGUGUGUUUCCUCGCGAGCUGAAGGAGGUGUUUGCGUCGUGGCGUGUGCGCUGUGCUGAGCGCGGCCGGGAGGACAUCGCUGACCGUCUCAUCAGCUCGUCUCUCUUCCUGCGCUUCCUGUGUCCCGCCAUCAUGUCCCCGUCUCUGUUCAGUCUGACGCAGGAGUAUCCGUCCGAACGCACCUCUCGAACCCUCACGCUCAUCGCCAAGGUGGUGCAGAGCCUGGCCAGCUUUUCCAAGUUCAGUGGGAAGGAGGACUAUCUGGGCUUCAUGAAUGAGUUCCUGGAGAUGGAGUGGGGCUCCAUGCAGCAGUUCCUGUACGAGAUCUCUAAUCUGGAGUGUGUGAGUAACGCCGGGGCGUUUGAGGGCUACAUCGACCUGGGCCGCGAGCUCUCCAUCCUGCACAGUCUGCUGUGGGAGGUCAUGGCGCAGCUGAGUAAGGACGCCAUCCUGAAGCUGGGGCCGUUGCCGCGGUUACUGAAUGACAUCAGCAUGGCGCUGAGGAACCCACAGCUACACCGUCAGGCGAGUCACCAGCCGCCCGAACGCCACCUGACCCGGCCCACCUUCAGCCGCCUCGCCACCAACGACUUCCAGAGCCUCAUGAUGAGAGACCUCAACAGCUCCAUAGAUAUCUCUCGUCUGCCGUCUCCAACAGCCGGUCUCUCCGGCAGCGGCGUUCUCUCUCACCCUGGAAUGGCUGCGUUCUCCGAGCGAGAUCUCCGUGGAAACAAAGACGUCUUCUACGUGACCCGCCCACCUCUCGCACGCUCAAGCCCCGCCUACUGCACGAGCAGCUCUGACAUCACUGAACCAGACCCCAAGGACUCUCGCAUCAACAGCGUGUCCAACCUGCACUCGGUGAACGUGAACUCGUCUCAGGGGUCUCUCGUUGGCUUCGGUCCGCUGGGUGGCGCCCCCCUCAGGGCCGGAGGGCGUGUUUCGGCCGGCUCGGGCGGCUCCAGCAUGUCGGGCGGUUUGCGUCUGAGUCACUCGGGCGGCCUGACGACGGAUUCACUGUCCCAGCAGCAGCAGCAGCAGGCGGCCGCCAUGCACGUGCCUCUGUCCUUCCAGAACCCUCUGUUCCACCUGGCGUCCGACGGGCCGCAGUACCACACCGCCGCUCCUCCGCCGCUGCUGCUGGCGCCCGAGCCGGAGAACGGACACGUGGGAUUCGGCGUGCCGUCGUUCGCUCACAGCGGCUUCUCCCGCAGCGAGGACCUGUCGGCCCUGAGGACGCAGAACAGCCUGGUGCAGCCCAACAUCGUGCACUCGCACAGCUACAGCGACGACUUCACGCGCCACAACCAGGCCGACUACGCCCGCAGACAGCUCUCGCUGCAGGUGCAGGAGAAUCUCCAGCAGCAGGUUCUGAUGGGCAUCGCCCCGCAGACAGCCACAGGCACCGGCACGCCCGCUUCCCUGGCCACGCCCCCCACCACCAUCCAUCCUGUCCGACAGGCCUCCAUGGCCCCGCCUCCUCCUCAGCGCAUGAAGCCUCAACCCUCCCACCAGCUGUCUGUCAGCUCGGCUGUCAACUCCACGCCCCCCAAGACCCGCCCCCAGAGCGGGAACCUCCUCCAGUCGCCCGACUCCAGUUUCGGGGGGAGGCAGUUGCCGAGGCAACAGCUGUCGGUGAAGGAUAGCCCCGCCCCCGGCCUGCCGCAUCAGUCCAGCACGGCCUCGGAGAGCCCCGCCCCUCAGGGCGGAGCCAGUGAGAGCACAGAAAACACACCGAGCAGCCAACCAGCAAAACCCACACAGCAAACCAACCAACAGCACCUGCUCAAGCCAACCAUGAACAAACAGGGCUCAAAGUCUCCGUCGACUCUCAAUCCUCCCUCAGCCGCGUCCGAGCGUACGGUGGCCUGGGUGUCCAACAUGCCGCAUCUGUCUGCAGACAUCGAGAGUCUGCGUGUGGAUCGCGAGGACUUAAAACUGAAGGAGCACUCUAAGAGCAUGGAUGAGUCCCGCCUGGACCGGGUGCGCGAGUACGAGGAUGAGAUCCACUCUCUGAAGGAGCGUCUGAUGAUGUCCCACCGUAAGCUGGAGGAGUACGAGCGCCGGCUGCAUUCGCAGGAGCAGCAGACCAGUAAGAUCCUGCUGCAGUACCAGAGCCGGCUGGAUGACAGCGAGAGACGACUGCGCCACCAGCAGGUGGAGAAAGACUCGCAGAUCAAGGGCAUCAUCAACAGGUUGAUGGUGGUAGAGGAUGAGCUGAGGGGAAGUGGAAUGCCUGACCUCAAAACAAGAAUAUUCACAGAACAGGUCUGUCACACGCACACCGGGAAAUCAUCAGUAACCUUCAUGCCACUCCAGAAUGAUGACUGUGGGCUUGUUGAGCAGGGCUGUGCGGUAUGA